AUGCAUCCCAUGGUUCUUGUUCCCAAUGCAGCAGAAGGACAGCAACGUGUGCCACUUGUUGUCUUAGUUUGCAUCCUCGAAGCUCCUGAGCUGCUGACAGGCGAUCGUGGGUCUAGCCGCCUGUCGCGAUCGCACUUGACAACAUUCUGUUUGGAACAGGACUUCCCGGAGUUCAGCCUUGGCAUGGUCCGAGGUUUGCGUGUGGCGCGCAUUGUUUGUGAUCCACGUCUCCGUGGAAAGGGCUUUGGGAGCCAAGCCAUGAAUCAGCUUCUGAUGCAUCUCAACAAUCCAGGCAUGCCCGAGGCAUUGAGCUCGGAGGACGAAGCCGAAGCCUUCUUGAGACCUUUGGCGCUGCCAAGAUGUGCCUGGCUGGGUGCAUCUUUCGGCCUCACUGGGCAGCUCCUGCGUUUUUGGUCACGCCUGGAGUUUCGACCAGUUGCCUUGUCACCCGAAUUGAAUCCGCAGACAGGUGAGGUCUCGGUUGUCAUGUUGCGGACGCUGUCUGGGGCCGGUGCUGGUUUGGAGGCCAUGCUAGGGUCUGUGCCGAUGGAAUUCAAGAGGCGCCUUCUACAACGCUUACCUGCAGUGCACCGCUCAGUGCCAGUCUCUCUCCUGACCUCCGUAUUGUCUUUGAACAAGCCGAGCACGCAACAGAUGUUAAGGCUGGAUGCUUCAAACCUGUCCCAGCUGCAGCGUCUUGCGCUGUCGCGUGACCCGCUCCCGUGCCUGGCCCACUCGGGCGAACUACUUCGGCAUCUUUGUGAGGCAUAUUACUUGGGUCAGCUAGAGCCUCUGCAGCUCCAACGGGAGGACGAGGAGCUGCUGGUAGCAUUUGGCCGGCUGUCCACAGACGUUGCUGCUGAAGUCGAAGUCACUGCCAACUUGGCAGCGCUUGGAGCCAAGCGCAUUGCUGGAGAGGUUGCCAAAACGCUGGGAGUCGGUCUCGGCAAGGAAGUCCAGGUCUGUCUUCGCCAGGCAGACGCCAGUGGGCAGGACUGGAGCACGUGGCUGCCUGCAUUUCCUCGUACGCGUAGCGUUCAAUCAACGGUUUUGAAGUCUUCCAGCUCUGAGCGAGCCGAUGUGGAUGUGCUGCUUCAGCUGAGCGCCAACUGGAGAUACCCAGUCGAGACAGAAGGCGGGGAGCUUCUGGUGCGAACUGGCUCGUGUGAGACACGGACUGGAGAGAUUGGGGUCAGCGACGUUGGUGCGGGGUGGCAGUUGGAGGCAAAGCUCUUCCACAGAUGGCAGGUGCAGGAGUUUCAAAGUGAACUGCUGGAGGUUGCCACAGCCGAAAGCCUGUUCCAGUUUGGCAAAGAACUAGACAUUCCCAUUCAGCUCGUCAGCCCAGUGCCUGAUCCCGCAGAUGUUUGCCUGCACAUCCGCUUCUUUGAGACCUUCACGUCUUCUUAUUCUGCAUGGGGGCCUUGGGGCACUGCUUGGCUGCCAUUGUCAGACAUGGACCAGCCAGAAGCAAAGGUGCAGACAACCUUGGAGGUGACUCAAAUGGCCGAUGGAAGUGAUACAGAAGCGGGUCCCAGGCUUCAUCUGUCUACAAGAUGGCAGUAUCCGCUUCUAUACGAUGGCUCGAAGCCGCAGCGUGGACGUGGGCUUUUGCAGCUGCAUCGGCUGGCAAUGAAGGGCAUCACUCCUCCACAUCAGCUUCGCGCAGCCGGCUCGGCUGCCGGUAGUUGGGCUUGGGUGGCAAUGUCCUCGGGCUCUGAGGAGCAGCUGAGUGGGAGCUACAAUGAAGGAUCCACGCAGGAUUCUAUUGCGGACGACAAGUAUGGCUCCAACAUCAUGGAUGACCCAGUUGAUCCUAUGGAGGGGGCCUCCGCGAAGACAUCCUUCGAAGAGAAAGAGGCUUCCACUACUUCUGAAAUGAGCAAGUACCUUUCCGUCUAUGACCAGACGUUUGACAAAAUCCAGAUUGAACAGUAUGUGGUGGAAGAAGUGCAAAGUUGCCUGGCAGCCUUCCUUGCGACGAUGGGCAGCAAAGAGGCUGCAGGCGAGUCCAUUUAUUCGGCCAUUUUCGAGGCCGCGCCAAGCCUCCAAAGCCUGUUCAAGACCCCAAGAUCUGUGAUUGCGAAUCGUUUUGUGACAGCCUUGGCUUCUCUGGUGAAUGCCGCUGGCAAGCCUGGGCAACUCAAAACGAUUGUGGAGACCAUUGGUUUCCAACACUUGGAUAUUGAAGUCAGCAGUCCACGCGUGGACAUUUUCCGUGAAGCUAUCUUCGAGCUUUUUGACCAGGAGCUGGGUGCAAAGUUUACCGAGACAUCUCGAUUCGGCUUCCAACUGCUGCUGAACUACGCUGGCGGAGCCUUAAUCUACAUCAGGCGAGAGUACGCCAGCCGAAUUCGAAUUAUCCAGACGAGCUGGAGGUCGGCCAACAAAAAGGCAGCCGGAAUCUCGGACGUCGCAGAAAUUAGUGAUAACAAGACCCUCUCUGGAAGAUUAAAAACGAUUUCAGCGGACAUGCUGGAUGAAGUCGACUCUAUUGCGGGAGAAGCUGAUGGAGAGGGCGUGGCCAUCACAAAGCAAACCGAUGGCAUGAUGGUCCCUAGUUCGUUCAAUGAUAUGUUCCUGUUCAAUGCAGCCGUCAUGGGCUUGACCAACCAUGAUUGGAUGACGUUGAUCUUGGACCAGCUUGAUGCCAUUGCGAACAAUGUGUCCAAUCCCUACAGGAUGCAGGAGGAGUGCGAUGUCCUCGCCCUCGUGCUGUCAAAAUACCAAGGCACUUUCGUGCUGUCCGAGUUCAAAGCAGUUGUCCUGGCGUCAUUGCGGUCCCUGGUAUCCACCGAAUGGGAUUCAGAUCACGAAGUGGCUUGGAAUUGGCUUUGGCAGAAUGUGGAGCGACUGCUGAAAGGUGUUCUUGGUAAGCCACCGGUUCACGAAAAAGCGCUCGCGGAUCUGUUUAUGAGCCUUCCGGAAGCUUCCAUGGCGGCCAUUCGACAAGAGUUCUUCUUGCACUUCUUCAAAGUAGCACCAGCAGGCUCUGACUUUUUCAAGCAAUCGUCGACCAGACUCUAUUUCAUCGCUGACAAAAUUAUAGAACUGACGCUGGAGAUGUAUCGACAACCACGUGCAAUGGUGGAAGACAUCUCGGGGUUGGGCCUUCGUCAUGUUGGGUAUUCGAUCCCAUCUGAGCUCUUUGCUCCAUUCGUGACAUCAGCCGUGGAUGUCUUUCGGGAGAUCACCACAAGUGAAACAGCCAUUGCAGGCUUUCAAUGGUCCCUUACACUGGUCUCCAAAAUCCUGGUGAGGGCCAUUUCCGAAGGGUCCACGGUCGUCAUGAAGGCCAUAAGCACCAAUGACGAGGUGACCAUGAAAAAGGCAAUGGCUCUGUCGCCGAGGGGCAUGCGGGCUCAGCAAUUGCUGAACAUUUCGGUGGGCGCGCAGUCAAUCUCGCCUUUCUAUUGGUCCAUUAAGAGCGGCAACUUCAACAGUGCAAAAGCCAUACUGGGCGACUUGCUCACGAUUCGAGCUGAUCGUGAUGUCUAUUAUUUUGCAUGCGAUGACCUUUUUGCUCGGCACCCUGAUGUUGUUCAAUAUUUGAUCACAGAUGUGCCUGCGCUGCUCCACCCACUUUUCAACGGCCUCAUUUGGAGAUCUCGCUGGAUCAACAAAGGCUUCCGGCGCGUGAACUACUACGUCAAGCACCUGGUGCAGGACUUGGAAGGAAAUCCCCAUGAGACCCUGGCCUGGUUGGAAGAGCACGGAGAUCCUGGGACCAUUAGUCAUCCUGCAGUGGUUUUCUUUUCAGACAUCCUCUGGGACGGCAUCAUCAAGUACCACUUCCUGCGAGGGAGAGUUCACUUUCUCAUCUCGUUCGUUGUCUUCCUAGUCAGCCAGUCCAUUCUGUCAGCGGUGGAUGAUGCUGAUCGGUCCGAUUCACUGCGAAUAGCCCUUUUCUCUUGCCGGGUUUUUAUCUACGUCUUCUGCAUGGUCAAGUUCCUCUUUGACCAAGUCCGAUUGUUCUGGUCGGACUGUAGAGAAGGUUAUGUGGAGCGGUGCUGCCGCAUACCGAUCCCGAUGUACUUGAAAGAAUGGCAGGGCCUGGGGAACUUAAUUCUGCUUUGGCUCCUGAUCCUUAUGGCAACACAAGAGCCGGUGUUCUGGUGCCUUGGUGGGGACGGGGAGCUCUUCACAACGGCUUGUGCAGAGGGCUUGGCCCGCACGCGAGUCUAUUCUGUUUUCUGCAGUUCGGCACUGAUUCUGUUCUGGGCAUUGCUUGUUAACCUCAGUGUGUUCUCAAUGCGGAUCUCGGCGUUCAUCCUGGUAUGCGGGCGUGUUCUUUCUGAGGUGGGCCUGUUCUUGUUGGCUUUCGUCUUCAUCAUCUUGGCUUCAGCCUCAUCCAUCAGCGCGCUGGAGCAGGGCGGCCAAAGUGACGAGGACUUCUCCGGAAUUCCUUCCGGUUCCUUGACCUUAGCUGAGAUUGCCCUGAACAUCUAUUCGGGGACGGCCUUGAAUCACCUUCGAAGUGACAUGGUCCUACUUUUUCUUGUCUAUGCCUUCUGCAUCCUUGUCUGCAUCUUCCUCAUUAGCCUUCUGGUGGCGCAGCUGAACCAAGCCUACCAGCAUGGUUUCCAAGACAUGCAAGGCUUUGCACGUCUGAACCGGGUUCACAUCAUUGUGUCCACCUUAGAGAACAUGUCACACAAGAGCUGGGCCCGUUUUCUGGAGUCCUUGCACUUCGAUGAAAGACUUGAGUUCAACGAGGGCGAUGUUGGAGUGGCGGGAGGCAUUCAGGUUCUCGAGCUGGCCAGCCAGCACCCGACCAGUGUGGAGUCCAUCCGCCGCUACGGGGGAUCCACUGCACCCUCGAUGCCGUGGCCCGAAGAGCCAGGUGAUUAUGGCCAGGAGGACAAGUUCGAAAAGUUAGAGAAGCUGAUCAUCCGAACAACCAAGAACCUGAGCAAGGGUCGUGAAAAAGCUCGACGGGGUGGCCAGAGUGGUGUCUCAUCCAUGGCCCAGUCAGAUGGAUCUAGCAAGUCUGCCGGCAGCAGUGAGGAUUCCUAG